UGCUCAUUGAUCAACAUUUGGUUGCUUGCCUUUGCAAUCAUGAGUCCACCUGCCAUCAUUACAGCCGAAGAGGAAUCCCUCGCUCUUUUCUCUCUUUCUCUCAUUUCCAUAGCCACCAGCCCACCACAUGAUGCAAGUGUCAUAAAACAACAUAAACCAACUCUAUUUAUAGGAGCUUAUAUCCCUUCCUUUCUCUCAAUUUCCCCUCAUCAUUUUCAGUAUAACCUUACUUUUCCAUCUUCUUUAUCUUCUCCUUCAAUAGAAAGAAAUCAUAGAAGGAUGUGUAACAACAUGGAUUGGAGCCCAACCAUCUCUGCUUCUUCAAAGAGAAGGCAUAGAUCAAAACAAUCUAAAGUUCAAAUUUACAGGCUUUCCAGGAAAAGAUGCGAAGAAAAUGUGGAGAAAGACAUGGAACUACUGAACUUGAAGCUCUACUUGGAGAACCAAAGUAUUAUUGAAGAGAAUGAGAAGUUAAGAAAGAAAGCCAAUCUUCUCCAUCAAGAAAACUUAGCCUUAAUGUCUGAUUUUCAGAAGAAGUUUCCUCAUUUGGAUCGUUUUUCCACCACCCUUUUGCUUCUUCUGCGAAAUCACUGAUGGAGUUUAUGAACGAAUUAGCUGCAACCCUUCCCUUCUCCCUACAUAUUCUCUUUCUAGUCUUUCUAAAGCUUUCCCCUUCCUUUUCUUUGAUGAUGUAUGUUAGCAAUAUGGAGUAGCAUGAUAUUUUACUUUUAACUCGGUAAUUAUUAAGAUAAAUGAUGUAAUUUCAAAGUUUCACCAAAAAUAUCGAUGAGUUUUGUACUA